CGGGAGCGCCUCCCCGCGGGGCCGGGGCCGGAGGUCCCGAGUCGGCACCUCCGCACUUGUACCGGGGGGAAGCGGGGGAGGAGGAGGGGGAGGAGGAGGAGGAGGAGGAGGAGGAGGAGGGAGGAAGGGGACGGGGACGGGGACGGGGGUGGGAACCCUGUCCAGCAGCACCAGCGGCGGCAGAACGCUCCUGUGCACUGUGCCGCUCCGCAUGGAUCGGGGCGCCGAGCUGCCGCCGUGCUGAGCCCCGGGCGGAGCUGCUGCCAGCUCCCGGGGUUCCUCCUUCCUCCACGGCACCCCCCGGUCUUCCUCCUCCUCCUCCUCUCUUCUCCGCCCCCCACCGCCUGCAGCGCGACUAUCGCUCCGUAGCUCCGCUAGCCGCGGGCACCCGGCGGCGCUUCCCGGCGGCCGGGGCCGCUCGGUGCUCCCGCUCCAGCUGGGCAAGGGCUGGCGUGGAGCACAGGGAGGGAAGAGGGGGAAGAGGCAGCGGCCGCCGAGCGCCCCUUGCUCCAGCUAAAUCUGUGCUGCCGUGUCCAGGUGCUGUUGUCGCGGACGGACACGGAGCUCCCAGACCGGCCCGCAGCCGCCUUGUCAUGCUGCCCAAAGUGGAAACGGAGGCUCUGGGACUCGCCCGGUCGAAUGGGGAACAGGGGCAGAUGCCGGAAAACAUGCAAGUGUCUCAGUUUAAAAUGGUGAAUUACUCUUAUGAUGAAGACCUUGAGGAACUAUGUCCAGUCUGUGGAGACAAAGUGUCUGGGUACCAUUAUGGACUUCUCACCUGUGAAAGCUGCAAGGGAUUCUUUAAGCGAACAGUCCAGAAUAACAAAAGGUACACAUGUAUAGAAAAUCAGAAUUGCCAGAUUGACAAAACACAGCGAAAACGAUGCCCUUACUGUCGAUUUCAAAAAUGUCUAAGUGUUGGAAUGAAAUUGGAAGCUGUGCGAGCUGACCGAAUGCGUGGCGGUCGAAACAAGUUUGGACCAAUGUACAAGAGAGACAGGGCACUGAAGCAGCAGAAGAAAGCUCUUAUCCGAGCAAACGGACUUAAACUGGAAGCCAUGACUCAGGUGAUCCAAGCAAUGCCAACUGACCUGACAAUAUCCUCUGCAAUCCAGAACAUCCAUUCAGCCUCCAAAGGCCUACCUCUGAACCAUACUGCCUUGCCUCCCACAGACUAUGACAGAAGUCCCUUUGUAACCUCUCCAAUUAGUAUGACAAUGCCACCCCACGGCAGUUUGCAAGGCUACCAAACCUAUGGCCAUUUUCCAAGCCGUGCUAUCAAGUCUGAGUACCCUGACCCUUACACUAGUUCACCAGAGUCAAUAAUGGGCUACUCAUACAUGGAUGGUUAUCAAACAAGCUCACCAGCAAGUAUUCCACAUCUGAUAUUGGAACUCCUGAAAUGUGAGCCAGAUGAGCCGCAAGUCCAAGCUAAAAUCAUGGCAUAUCUGCAGCAAGAGCAAGCCAACAGAAGCAAACACGAGAAGCUCAACACAUUUGGGCUUAUGUGUAAAAUGGCUGAUCAAACCCUCUUCUCCAUUGUUGAGUGGGCUAGGAGUAGCAUCUUUUUUAGAGAACUUAAGGUUGAUGACCAAAUGAAGUUGCUUCAGAACUGCUGGAGCGAACUCUUAAUUCUAGAUCACAUUUACCGGCAAGUGGUACAUGGAAAAGAAGGCUCCAUCCUUCUGGUUACCGGGCAACAAGUGGAUUAUUCCAUAAUAGCAUCCCAAGCUGGAGCCACCCUCAACAAUCUCAUGAGCCAUGCACAAGAACUCGUAGCAAAGCUUCGUUCCCUGCAGUUUGAUCUACGAGAAUUUGUAUGUCUCAAAUUCCUGGUGCUGUUUAGUUUAGAUGUCAAAAAUCUUGAGAACUUCCAGCUUGUGGAAGGUGUUCAGGAACAAGUGAAUGCUGCUCUGCUGGACUACACGAUGUGUAAUUACCCACAGCAAACAGACAAAUUUGGGCAGCUUCUCCUGCGACUACCAGAAAUCCGGGCCAUCAGUAUGCAGGCCGAAGAAUACCUCUAUUACAAACACCUGAACGGGGAUGUGCCAUGUAAUAACCUUCUCAUUGAAAUGCUGCAUGCAAAGAGAGCAUAAAUUAUACCCAUUAGAGCUUCUACUUUCAAGGAAAAAAAAAAAAACAACACAACCCAAACAUAUUCUGAACUGCUCCGAGCAACACUAAUUAAAACGUGGUUUUAAGACUUUGCAAAAUGGUAUAAUAAUCAAAUACUAAUAGUAAAUAAGUGAUGUAUCAGGGUAUUUGUAUUGCAAACUGUGAAUCGUGCUACACAUCCCCAAAGGAAUCUAUAUAGGACUUUAUACUAAAGUGAAGUGAACUUACCAAGUGGAUACUAUGACCAGUGUCGAUAUGAAAAAGGACAGAAUGAUCCUUGUAUAUUUAAAUCUGCUGAUGGCCAAUAUGAAGAAACCUAGUUGAAAAAAACUGAACUGUAUCAUCGAGCUAAGAUAGUGGGGAAUUUGAGUGCACUAAAUUCCUUCACUGUAUAGCAGGACUUCUAAAACAGUUAUAAGAGAUGCAAAACUGCAUCUGGAGCAUCUUUUAUCAUCUUUCCAAGGACCCAACACUUACUUCUUCUGUGAUAAAUGAUGUGGCAUCCAUUCAACAAUCUGUAAGAGAGAGCUGGCCUGUGUAGUGUCGCCACCGCAUCCUCAGAGGCUGGUGUUGACUGUCAGUCUCUCAGGCCUGCAGACCACUGCUAUGAAGAGUCUGUUAUCCAGUUAGCUUGGCAUUCUUACUAUGUUCUGAAGUUUGUUUUGUCACGUGUUCAUGUUGUUCUAUCAGGCAGUAUCCCUCUUCUGCUACUGUUAUUGGCUAGCUAUUAAAUAGCUAAGGAAAUAUUCCAAAAUAAAUUAGCCAAUUCAACUACACACUUAACCAGGGCAGUGGCUAAAAUAUGGCUCCGCUGUAUAUUCAUGGCCGUUUCCAAAUAAAGGAAAUGAAGAUAUUUUAGCCAUCCCAAACGAUAGUGUUUUUGACAAGAAACUAAAAAUUAGGACACCAAAUAUUGAUGUUAAAAAACUAGAGAUAAAAUUUUUAAAAAUAAAUUGCAUGAUGCAGGAAGUGACAAAUGAAUUGUUCAACCUGGUGAUGCCAUGGGGCUUAUUAAGAAAUGAUCUUUAAAAUUGCCAGAAAUUAGGAAACCAAAUUUCAACUCAAACAUACAAUAUCUAAUGAAACCUUCUGUUUUUCAAGUUAGGUAAUACACAUAUUUUACGCAAAGAAAGAAGAGUGAUACUGCUGUGUCUAUGUAGGCCAAAGUCUGCUGCAGAACAAAUAUUAGAAAAGAACAAACACUUCUCUCUCUGUCCAAAUGAAGAUAUCAGUAUUAACAUGUAGUGCCACAGUUAUAAGUCUUGCCUUAUUUUUUUACCCUUAAAGGUAACUGUGCAGGUGUAGAUCAACAUACAUUUCAAAAUAAAGUAUUAAUCUCUAACAUUAGCAAAGCAUAGUGUUUACAUUCUUUAGGUCCUGUGGGGAAAAAACUGUGAUAAAAUUGCAGAGCAGUGAUUUCCUUAUUAUUUCUUUUAAAUUGGUAAUUAUUUUACCAGUACUUAAUUACUGUAUGUCGUGAGACACUAAAAUCAAUAGGGGUAUUUCAUUUUGACUUUAAUUUUUGAGAUUAUUGGCUGCACAAUCACUUGUAGAAACUGUAUAAAAUCCUAAUACUUUAAUUUUUUCAUGAAGAUUGAUGGCUUUUGAAUAGUUUAUUUAUAUUGUAUAUGAUAGUUUUCACUGUAGACAAUUAUGAUGCUAAUUUAUUUUUCUUUGGUUUCAUCUAUAUAUAAGAUAUAGCCAGAAUGAAGAAGCCAAAUAUAUGUGUUUACUGUAGCAUGUCUUCAACUUAGUGGAACAUAGUUCAGGGACACAGAAGGGUCUUUACAAAUUAAAAUCAUUCAGUUGAUUAAAUGUCUGUAAAUCUUCAUAAUCCUAAAUGUAGUUUAUUUAAAUCUGUUGUAAAUUAUGUGAGUUAUAUCUUUUUCUGUUUCAUGUGAACUUGAAAAGGUGCAUUUCUCUCACUUUUGUCUAAAUGUUCAUACAUUGUAUACCAAAGACAUCAGCUAUUACAUCUGCAUUAGUACAAAGCACACUGAUUUAAUUACCUGUAUUAAUCAACUCUAAAGUUCUGUCCAUGCAUAGGGUACCAGUACAGCAAAGCCUUGUGUCUGUGACUCCUCUGUGCCUGUCUUGUAUCGCAGCACGUCUGUACUUCCGUACAGACCACGAGCAAACCAAGCCCGGCUCCCUCAGUCAUCCCACAGGGCAGUCAUAAGCAUUAUUUAAAUAACAGCAUUCUCCCUCAAACAAACUAAAUUAACAGUACAAUGCAGGAGUCUAUUGAUGGUGGCUGUGAAAUACAAGAUAAGUGUGGGCAUUCUUUUUGAAAGAAAAGCAAAGCAUUAUUUCAAGUGUUUGCAUUCUGUAUUUUCUCUUUUUUUUUCCUGUUGAAAUGCUACAGUGAAUCUCACUGAAUACUAAGAAAAAAGCUUAAAAAAAUAUUGCUAACUCUAUUCACAGCACCCUUAUCUAUAUACAGGACAGAAGAAUUAAAAUAAGGAUGUAGAAGAAAAGAACAAUUCAGCUUAAUGGAAAGUAUUUCAGAUACAUUAACAUAUAUUUACCCAUUUCUUUGGUUCCAAGAAUCCCAUCAGAUUGUCCAAAGUACACAAACAAAACAAAACAAAUCACCAAAAAACGCUGCUUGCGUUAAUUGUUAACUACUUUGUAACCAGGCAUUUUCUGACUGCCUUAUUGAUUACAGGAUCUAUUACUAAAAGCAGACUAAAAUUCAAAGGGUUUGGCUUUGGCUGGUUUAUUAUAAUUGUUCUGUGUUUGUAAACAGACAAUCUGUAAAGUCUGACUAUUUGUAUUACAGAUGUUCUGCAGCUGCCUUGGAUUUAAAUCCAUGCAACUCUUAGAAUGUGCAGUGAGUUACUUGUUGAAGUUGAAGUUCUCUUACUGUAUCGGUGAAAUACAUAUUGUCAUGUCAGUUCUUGCCAGGAGUUUCUCAUCACCAAUGGAAUUUUUUUUUCAGUAUUUCAAUAAAUAUUGAUAUGCCCGUGCUGAUUACUUUAUAAUUGUCUUUAUAAUAACAUUAUUCCACUGAAAUGAAGCACCAGUCAAAAAUCAGUUACUCAGAGGAGGAGAGUAAAAUGCAGGAGAAAUAAGAGUACCAAAAGAGAAUUUGAUGCAAGUAGAAGAUACAGGUGUAGAGAAACAGCACCUUCAAAAUCUCAGACAGCAGUGGUUAAAUUGCUUAGGCUGAAGCCAGAUAAAUACAGCUAAAACAGAUCAGAAAAGCUGAAUUUCUAAUAAAAA